GAGGACAUGCCAAGCCGACCAGCGGCGGAAGUUCAGGCUGUGCUGCGGCAGGAGGGUCUAGACCAGCUUUGCGAUAGCUUGGGCCCGGCGCUGAACGCGGGCACCGUGGCGCAGGUGCACUCGCUGAGCCUCCAUGGCCUUGAGCUGGUGCUCAAGGUCACCUUCCCCGAGGCGCGGCGGCGCUUUGACACCGACUUCCGGCUCUUCGGCCAUGCCCGGCAGAUCCUGGGGGCCCUGAAGCUGAACGACGAGAAGGCCAACAUCGUCGCCGCCAUGUUUGACGCUGUGGGCAAGAGCGAGCAAAGCGUCCUCGCCGAGUUUGACCUGCGCGAAGAGGCGAACGCCAUGCAGAUCGCUGAUGGCCUGUUGCCGAUGUGGCCCGCUGUCUACGCCCAGUGGAAGCAGUGCCUGUCUGCGGGCCUCUCCCACGGGCUGCCGCACGUCGCCGCGGCGGCGCUACAAGGCGCGGAGGCGGCCUCGGCGGCGUGGCGCAUGGCGGUUCCGGCGCCGGUGGAGAGCCUGGUGACGCCUGGCGCGAUGGUGAUGACGCGGGCCGGCGGGGAGUCCUUGCAGCAGCUCAUGGCCACCAAGCCGAAGGAUGGCGCCAUGGUCUUCCUGGGCCUGGUGGUGCCCUUCAUGGGCUGGCUGCUGCUGACCCAGAGCUCCUCGCGCCGCGGCGCGGGAGACGCGGAUUGCACUUGGCGCAUGUGGACCCCCACCUGGGCAACUUCCGCUGGGAGGACGGCACCCUCUGGGUCCUGGACUGGGGCGCCUCUUUGCGCCGCUUCAGCCCCCAGAAGCGCCGUGCGUUGCAGCUCCUCGUACGGCACUUGGCCACCGGCGGCCCUGACGCGUGCGUGGCGCAGGCGGCCGAAGCCUUCGGGGUUGCCGGGGAUUCCCCCGCGCAGGUGGCGCAAGUGAUCCGAGGGCUCUUCAAUGCCAGCAGCAACCACGCGGCCCAAGACUCCCUGCAGGAGGCGGCCUCGCAGGACCUGCUGAGACACAUCGACCAGGAGGUGGUGCCGGUGGUUCGCUGCCUCGCCAUCUUGGGCGGGAUCCUGAAGAUGAUGCAGCAGCAAAUCCGCGAGGAGCAUCACCACGACAUCCCGUUGUCCUUGGCUUUCUUGUGGGCUCCCUUCGCGGAGUCUUGAGCGUAGCCAGGCACUGUCCUGACCUCUGCAGCGAAGCUUCGUGCGAAUUCAGGCUGCGCACUGUACGGGCAGCUCGCCGGUUUCACUGUUUCGUCAGCUCUCC